AUAAUUUAGCAGUCCACAGUGGUGAAAACAUGCAGCAGGAUUGUAUCACCGAUCUGUACCGAUCCCUCGGUAAGUCCGUCGGAGCCGAGUUUUCCUCUGAAGAUGUGAGUGUCCUCUACCACAAAGUGUUUCAUGUAUCUUCUGACACCAAUGAAGCGUAUUUGGCAAUGAAGAAGAUUGCAGGAGGAGACGAUAGUUGGUCAUGUGUUGGUGAAAAUGUGUUGGAUGUUCUCCUAGAAAUGGAAAGGGAGAAGGAAAAGAAGGAAAAGUUCCACUGGGACCUCCAGCUGCUAAAUGUUGGAAAUCUCAACACUCUCCGUGUGACGGACAAACAAGUUAGAGUCGAUCCUCAUGUGCUGAAUCGUCUCCACCAAAGCACAGACCCCAUUACGUUGCCACAUCUGGUUGGUGGGGGGGAGCUGCGUGGGAGUGCGAGAGUUGUGAAGAGACUGAAGAAGGCAGCCAGGCAGUGCUGGGCGAGAUUGGCAUCAGAGAGUGUGCAAAGUCUAUUGCCCUCUCCCUGGCAGGGGCAAAGCCUCGGGGUUAGAGGUCAUGCCUGGGGCUGUGUCUCCCUAUCGGACGUCCUCCUCUUGCUGGAUGUGAAGUAUGAUGCGGUGACCCACUUGCUUUUUACUGAAAUGCUUCAGGAGCACUACACUCUGCGUAUUUGGGAGACCCUGCCGCCAUGGCAACAACAUAAGGAAGAGGAGGGGCUGGGGGAUCUUGCAGAUGAGGCUUUGGAAUCAGGUGAUAUGCUUCGUUUGGCUGAGCUACCAGGAGCCUUAAGGAUAUACAGGGCCUCUGUGAGUCCUGAGUGCAGGGAGCAGUGUUGGUCUGCCGUUUCGCUCCUGUAUGAGUUAUUCACAUUUCAUCAGCAAGAAAGGGACGCGCUAAUAGUCCUCGGUGAGAGACUGGACAGGGGAAGCCUAAGGCUAUUGUGCCUGCACAUCAGAUUGGCAACUCUGAGAGCUCAGAGAGAAGAAAUGUCUUACAGCGCUCUACUGGCAGCGCGGCAGUCCUGGGAAACAUGGCCUCAUAUAAAAGGUCCCUGCAGAGCAGAGCAGGCAGCGCUGUGGCUGCACAGUGAAGAGCGGAAGAAAGACUUUAUCUCAGUGUCACCACAGCAGCAGGCGGUGCUGCAGCUGCUGGUGCUGACUCAGGAACAGGAGAGGAAGCACCUGGUCAAGUUGGCAAAUGGGAUCUCUAUAGAGGAUUUGGAAGAGCCAGGUUCCACUUUGCCUCUAAAAGAAGAUAGCCAUCAACAAGAUGCUUUAAGAAAUGGCUGUAUAAAAAGACUUGGAGAACUUCGUGCUGACUUGCUGAUGCGCAAUAACACUCAGACCACCUUAGAGCAAACACACUGUCAACCACAACUGCAGCCCAACACAAGCAGUCAACCGACAGGGUGGUGCCAACACCAUCUGGAGGAUUGUUCCCUGCUCCUUUUGACCCAUCUGAUGGAGUUCCAGGAUGUCCAAGCAUCUGCAUUACUGCCAGCGCUGAUGGACAAGAGUGCACAGUGUGUCCAAGCUCUGCGAGAAGCAUACGAAUCAGAACUUCAAGCACCGUGCUACACCAACCUGCUCCAGCUGAUAUCAAAUGCCCCCUUUACUUCAGGCUCUGUACUACCUCAUUAUACGGACUUAACCGAAAAAAGCAAAGAUGAGCAAAUCACAGCUCUCUCCUUCUGCAGUGGAGCGGUUGAUGAUCACCACAGCAGUGGUGAGCCAGCUGAAGCUCCAAUGGGGGAUCCGGAGGGAGAACUAAAUGUGACUCGAGCUGCAGAAAGGACCGACAAAGAGGACAUCUGUAAAGGUGCUGCAAGCAGAGGCAAACCUGGACCAAACCCUUGCAGCCGCAAUUACAACAUGCCCCCCCCCCAACCGCUCCAAGAUCGUGGAGCGGUCACGGAGGACCUGCCCUACUUGGAGAUCCUACGUGUGUCAGAUGCAACACGUCAGAGUCUUGACGCAGGCAGAGAAACCCACGACGAAAGAGAGGUCGGCAGUGCAACAAAGCUCCCCAGGAGUUAUGAGAAACAGGGCUCGCUGAUCACCCUCGCUUGGAGUAAACCAGCAGAGGACGACACAGAGGGUGGGGAAGGGGCUGCAGGAGAGAGCAAGGAAGUACAACCGAAGGACAGAAGCAGUACAGCUGAACACACAACGUGGGAGGGGACUACUGGAGUGAGGGACGGAGAGGAGAUGAAACCUUCUCCGCUUCACUCUGAUUCUACACGUCAUCCUGUUGCACAUUCCGCAGAACAACAGUGCAGCACAGGAGGACAGAGAGCACUAGCGGAACAACCCGAGAUGGGAGAACCUAAAUGCAUCCUGCAAACACGUGCUUUAGUAGCAGAGACCCUGCAGGCUGCAGAAGCACAUUGCUUAGUUGACCCCCCUGAGAUUGAGCGGGAUGGUGGGGACAUCUGCUCUGAACUGAUGAAGCGAACAGCUAAUGUGGACAGAGAAGUGCUCGAGGUGGAAAGGUGUCCCACUGCCGCAGAGUCGGAGCUAUGGGACAUGAGAGGACCCGAAACCCCUUAUCCAGAGGACCAGAAAUACACUCAAGCCGCAUUUGACAGUAGCCCUCCAAGGAGGGAGGCAACGAGGGAUCCCACACUGAUGGAGAGAGAGCGGGCAAGAGAACCAGUCUCAGAAAUGGAGAGAGAAAUCACAAUGCGCAACCUGGUGGACACGCAAAGAAAGGUGGAACAGAGGCAACAGAGGGACAAAGAGAGACAACUUCUGAGGGUUCAGGAGCGUCUGUCUAUCAUGCAGAACAGAAUAGCAGAAGAAGGCCUACUUGGCCUGAAACAUAUAGAUAGGCUAAGGCACCUCACAAAAGAUCUACCACAGGAGGAUAAGAACCAGCAGAAGACAGUUGUCAGAGAGCGACUGGAUCAGCUGAGAAGAGAGAGAUCCUAUGUAAUGCAGUCCAAAAGAGAAAGGAAUACUGCCGGAUUUAAAGAGCUCCUGGGUCCAGUAGCUCUCAACAGCAAUGAAACAGACGAGGGAGAAGACUGAGAAACUACAGCUAUAUAAAUGCAUGUGCUGUUUUAACAAAAAGGGAUUUACUAUUAAUUAUUGCCUUCAAC